GGUAAUCAUAAUAAUAAUAAUAGAUCAGAACCCUGAAAAACACCACAAGGGAGCGAUGAUAGUCGCACGCUCGGGUCUCAAACGGGGUUGGUUCUGCGCGAUGGCGACGAGAUUAGCCUCCGUCCCCUUCGUGUUGUGGACGCGUGGUGUUGGCGUAUUAUACGACGGGCCCGCCAAUCAGAACGAUAGGGGGCCAGCCGCCUUUCUCUCCUCGUCUGUCUCUCUCUCCCUCUGUCCUGUCUGUCUCGUCUCUCUCCCUCCCCCCUGUCGACGACGUCGCGUCGUCUCUCUCUGUCUCUCUCUCUACCUACACGGCUACAGCUCCUCCUCAUAUCGGGGCCGCAGACCAGAACCCGGAACCCGCUCGCCCGUCCGCUCUCGUCCGCCGCCGGGCGUUGACUGUAUAUAGGUAGAUAUAUACGUAAGUAGGUAGGUAGGUAGGUAGGUAGGUAGGUAGGUAGGCGUGUAUGGAGCCGUGCCAGGGGGGGCGUCCUGGAUGAAGCUGAAUCUGGUGCUCACGAUGCAGAGCGCUACGCUGCACGGCAGCGCAUUCAGGGAAACAUCUUUCAUGCGAUCCCCGGGUCGCCGUCGCUGAUUCGCCGACGCCCUGGAUGCGCGCGUCGAGACAAGUCUCACCAACUGCGCAGUAGCACCGGGAAAUGCCACUUAUAA